AUGGGCACGACGGCCUUCAUCGGUGACAAGGCUAAGUCCGAGGCCCGCGACAGCCUGGAGAACCAGAUCAAGCGACACCUCACGAUCGCCAGCGAGGAGUCCGCCACCGCCAUCAGAGAAUGGUUCCGGAAUCUCCAGUACGGGGUGCUCGACGUCACAACGUUCGCCCUCAGGGACGCACGUCAAGAGAAAAGGCCUUCAAUCGAUACGCUGUUGCCCGCUAAAGGUCCCACGUUUCACGUCAUUCGCCGGCGCGAACCCCAGGACCUAGUCCUCGAUAGCGGAAAUGAGGGGUACCCGCUAAACCUGGCCCACACCGACCUUCGCGAUACCGAGAUCGCAACAAGCGCAGAAGCUAACCUACAGAACUUCUCCCGAAUGAGCUUCGAAGUGGACCUGUCCCGCAGCACCUGGUACUACGCUGAUGCCGAGUCCAACACGGUGGAGGUUCCAGAGGACGAGAUGACCACGAUCACUCAAACCGCCCGACUGGAUCUGCUGUGGCCGACCGUGUACAUUAACUCGUACGACACGAAGGGGGUCUACGUUGGGGUAGAGCUCUCGACGACGGGUCGGACGAUCCGCUAUUUUCCGGGAACGGACCUCAGCGGGGUGGAGGGCUCUCGCUUCGCAUGCGAGUACGUGGAGGAAGACGGUUCGAUCGCUCCGUGCUUCGACCCGACCGUUCGCCCCUGGUACGCGGUAGAGUCUGGUCUAAAGGGACCGAAGGCAAUUUACGCCAACCUAGCUGUUGACGGGGGUGUGAACAAGAAGACGGCCUUGACUGCUCCUCGUAGAAUUGCUCCCAUUAACUGCGAGAACUUUGAAAAGCCGGUGUACACUCAAGCAUCGUCCAAGGAGCAAGGUUUCGAGGCGGACGUCCACAAGUUUUCCAACGACUCGGAUUCGACACGCGGCAACCUACUGGGGGUGGUCGGCAUGGAUGUGCGGCUGGAGCAAGUGCAGGAGUCAGUGGAGGGCAUCAACUUCCUCAAUACCGGCUAUUCUAUCCUGGCGACAGCGGAUGGAAUCGUGCUGGCCGCCGGCGUGUGGGACAGGGACGGUACGGAGAAAGCCCCAGAGGGGAAAGGUCGCACCCUUGGGGACAGUGACGGCGACGAAUGGGUGGACCUGCUGGCGGAAAUCGAGAACGGCGGGAUCAAACGCUUCACCUCGACGUCUACCGCCGGCGUCGACGAGGAAUGGAUCCUCGUCGCCGCCCCCGUGGAGGGGAACUUUGCCACGGCCACUUCCGGCGGUGCUGGCACGGUAACCCACUACAUCCUGAGCGCCGUUCCUCGGAACGAGAUCUUCGAGCCGGUGGUUGGAAUGGCGGACUUGAUCAGGGACAGCACCGUUCAGAUCAUCGUCACUACGGCCAUCGUCGCCUGCUUCACCAUGGUCGCCGUGGCUCUCUCCGUCUACUUCCUGGCCGGCUCCAUCACGCGCCCCAUCGUGAAAAUGACCUCAGCCGCACGCAGCAUCGCCGCGGACGGGGCGAAGACGGACGUCUUCGGCAGUGUAACGGCCACAUGGGGCGCCAGGAGAGACUCGGCCAGAGACUCGGCCAGAGGCUGCGGUACCGACAUCAGCACACCGGGACGUUUCACCGUGAACCGCACCGCGUGCCUGGACUACCUCCUCUGCCGGGGAGACGACGAGAUCUCCACCCUCGGCAGAGAGUUCCAGCUCAUGAUCACUGGGCUCGGGAGGCGGGGAUCGGCGGCGGAGGCCACAGGUCUGAUGGACAAGCGAACGGGAUACCCAAAGAACCCUUACGCGGCGAUGAUUGUCAAGCGGCCACCCCCGACAGGGCCGUCUGCAUCCGGUGGCGCCGCUGUGCCUGGCCCGAAGUCUUGA